AUGAGACCGAAGGGUCCGACGACGUAUGAGCCCGACCGCCUUAUCUUUGCAGGCCGUAGAGGUGCGCAGUUGCUGAUAUGGUCACAGUACGAUUCAGAAUAUGACUCUCUAGAGGAGGGCUCUGAGUAUGAGGAUGAGCCCGAUGGCGCGCCUGCCCCAGUACCACUUGUCGCGCUUCAUCCGGCCACAAGGAAGAGGAGCCAUAGCCAGUUGAGGGAUGAGAUGCCACGCCCUGUCCCGAGGGUCGAACCUCAACCACAUAUUCAACCUCAACUUCAAUCUCAACUUCAGCCCCAAGGCCUGCCCAGGAAACGCGUGUGUGUGGACUCUCCAUCAGGACCGAGUCCCGGCAGCACACCCGUCGUCCCUCCUAGAUUGUUGACGGAGAAGCGUGAACCUCAACUCCCUCUCACGCCCGACCAAGUCAUGCGCCAGAUAGACUACAAGGCUCCGGGGGCAUGGGACCUUGCGACGGCCAUUGCGGAUGUCGGGAGGCGAUUCACACUUAACGCGACGGCCCAACAUCUCGGCAUUGUCUGCGCUCGCCUGCGCAGCUCGCCUCAGGAUGUCCGUCAUUAUAACGACUUGAGCAACCAAGAGAAGGAUAGUUUACUUUGGCGGUGGAUCAAUAUAGAGCGGCUGAUAGCCGAGUCGAAAAAGGGCGAGGAAACGCUACGAGCCCUUCAAGAAAAAGUCAACAUUAUGGGCAAGGAAAAGAGGAGCGCCCCGGUGCGCGCACCGCCCGGGGUAGAGACGAGGUUGAAAGCGGCUCUGGUCAAGCGGAUUGACGCGAAGCCGCCGGGCAAACUAGAGGACAGGGUGCGGCGGUGGCUGGACGAUGUAGUUGCGAAUUAG